AUGAAUUUGAGUAACGAUACUGAUAUCAGUCGACCCAGUACAUCGGCAUCUACAAACCUGGGGAUCGUCAAUAGUGCUAGUCAAAACAAUGGUAAUAACAACAAUACUAUAAAGGCACCGUCUAAUGAUUUUGUGAGAAAAUUAUUUGGAAUUUUAGAGAGAUGUGAAUAUCCUGAUAUUGUUCGUUGGACGGAGAAAGGUGAAAGUUUUGUGGUACUGGAUACUGGGAAAUUUACCACUCAAAUCUUACCCAACCAUUUUAAGCAUUCGAAUUUUGCAUCGUUUGUUAGACAGUUGAACAAAUACGAUUUCCACAAAGUAAAAAAGAGUCCAGAGGAAAGACAAAAUUCUCAAUAUGGUGAGUUAUCAUGGGAAUUCAGACAUCCGUAUUUUACCAUCCAUAACGAAGAAGCUCUUGAUAAUAUCAAAAGGAAGACAACUGUACAAAAGAAGAUAAUGUUGGAUGAUUCAACGGUACUUCUAAAACCCAAUAGUGGAACACAGACUGGUACAGAGGAAAGGGCAGGAGCUAAUUUAAUCUUGGGGAAUGCGGUGACAAAGGAUAAGUUCAACCUUUUGAAGAGAAGGGUGGAUCGUUUACAAAAGGAUUUAGAUUCUGCUAAGGAGGAAAGUUACAAUGCAAAAUUAGAGUUUCAAAAAUUGAAUUCUAAAUAUAACACAGUGGUCGAAAGUCUUUUCACUUUCAAAACGGUUAACGAUAAUCUGAUGAACAAUUUUAACAUUCUUUGUUCAGUUCUAAACAAUCGUGGUAUUGAGCUGCCGCCCCAUAUCUAUCAAGAUCCACGUUUAAAGCAAAAUUCAGGAACCCAACAACAGGCACAGGCUGCCACUUCUGCUGCCACACAGGCGACAACUUCAGCUUCUAACUCCACAGCAGGUAUGAGCCCAAUGCAAAAUAAGCCAUUCGAUCCUCUAAAUAGUGCUGUAAAUGCAAUGGUUCCUGGUCCCGUACCGUUAUCAGCAUCUUUAUCAAACCAUAACGCUGUUAAUGCUGCCGCGGAGUUACAAUUACCAUUGCCUAAUAUGAAUCAUGGGCCUACAAUAACAACGGAUAAAGGUGACAAAUUGCCCGAAACUUACGACAGCUUUGUACUAAGGGAGGGAUUUCACGUAUUGUUAGUAGAAGACGAUGCUGUUUGCAUUCAACUGUGCUCCAAAUUUCUGAGAAAAUACGGUUGUACUGUGGAAGUGGUUACAGACGGGCUAGCAGCUAUUUCUACUUUGGAAAAAUUUCGUUAUGAUCUAGUCCUAAUGGAUAUUGUCAUGCCCAAUUUAGAUGGUGCAACGGCAACAUCAAUAGUUCGAAGCUUUGAUAUUCAUACACCGAUAAUCGCCAUGACGGGGAACAUCGAAGAUCAAGAUUUAAUAACUUAUUUACAGCAUGGGAUGAAUGACAUUUUAGCAAAACCAUUUACCAAGGAUGAUCUUCACUCUAUGUUAAUUCGUUAUUUGAGAGAUAGAGUACCUUUGAUCAAACAACAGGAGCAACGUGCUCAUGCAACAAAUGAACAUCAUCAUCAUCACGGUUCAACAGCAGAUAAUGGUACAGGUACUGGUACUGCAAAUGGUAAUAGUGGUGGUGGUGUUAAUCAUGGGAGUAAUAGCGGUGAUAAUAGUAAUGGCAACGGUCCUCAUAGUGUGGAUAGAAAUGGUUAUGCAUCUUCAGAAGCAGAUUCUCAACCGGAAUUACUUACUAGAUCACAAUCACAUUCACAAAUGCAAGGUUCCUUGGAUGAUACUACUACCAAUCCUCCCGGUGUUCCUCCUCAGUCACUGCCACCAACAUCCGGCCAAGCACACGGUCCAGGAAGAGGUGUGCCACUAUCAACAACCGCUUCAGGACAUUCAUCAUCUGCAGUAUCUGACCAUGACGUUAAAGGGUUAGUGGAUGAUGAGCCGUUAUUGAAGAAGCAACGAGUAUAA